AUGUCAACGCCACUAAGCCAGCAACCACCGGCAGUGACUAUAGCACAGGAACCUUUCCACACUCACUCAACCCACAGCUCAGUUGGCCCAGUUAUAGCAGUACUUGUAGUGAUCAUGAUUUUAGCAGUACUCGCUGUUAUGAUUGGAAGGCUUUGCUCAGGAAGGAGAAUCUUGGGUUAUGGUCAGCAUGAUAUAGAGAGUUGGGCAGAGACAAAAUGCUCUUCUUGCAUUGAUGGAACGAUAAGCCCACCUCUAUCAAGGCCUAAUGUGCUUGCCACAUCUGAUCCACCACCAGUGCCUGCUCAAACCCACCUAGAAACCAAGCAGGAAGAGCAGUCUCCUCAAUGA